AUGGGGGGUGAGAUUGCGCCAGAGUGUUUGAGGAUGUUUGGCGAAGUAGGUGAUAGUUGCUUUCGUGAUAAUGGGAUCGAUCGUCCAGGAAUGAAUGAUGUUGUGUGGGGCCUUGAGUUUGCUCUGCAACUUCAAGAGGCUGCUGAGAAGAUAGCUCACGGAGAUGGUGGGUUGCUCCCGGCGGCGUUGGCCAGUCCCUCUGUUCCUCUUCCACAUGGAGAGGCAACGACCACCGAUGAUGAUGAAGUAUUUACAAGGUCAGUUGAAAACGUGUCAAGAUCAACGGUCAGCAAUGAGGGAUUGUAG